AUGGAGAGGGUUAAAACCAAAAUUAGAAGUUCUAGUGUAUCAAAUGAUGAGGGUGCAGACCCUACCCAAAUUUUACCACCUAAGCGUGGUUUGAAAUUAGCUUCUCUUAAUACCAACAAGUUGACAACUCACAUAGACGAGCUUAGGGUACUUUUAGCAAAUAAUGAUACAGAUGUUUUGUCAAUUAACGAGACCAAACUCAUUAAAAAUGCAGGUGAUGAUGAAGUCCACAUCUCCGGAUAUGACAUAAUUCGCUGUGACAGGAUCGUAAAAGGCGGAGGUGGGGUAUGUUUUUAUGUGUUCCCUGUUGUCGCCACCUAAGAGACGUGACGUAGCAAAUUAAUGAGGUUCUUCCGUUCUUCUUCUUCUUUGCUCCAUAUAUCUUCAGCGUCUUUCAUGUAGCCUAUAGGUUGCCUUAGCAUUAUUAAGUUUCGGUAAUGGAAGUGUAUGGCACAAUGGAAAUUGAAUAUUUAACGGAAAUGAUUGGUGAUUUAUGUAAAAUUAAAAGGUUGAUUGCUUAAAAUAUAUCCUCAAUAACGCAAAAAGACAAAUUCUACUAAUUUCUACAUUAACUGUCUUCAGUCUAUAAAAAGCAAGGUAACAAACAGCACCUGCCGUCUUUUUAACCUCUAAUUAUAAAAGAAAAGUUUUACUUUCUAAAACAAAAACGUUACUUUAUGCACCUUUCUCACUUGCUAACAGGAGAAAGAACUCCGCAGGAUCGUAUUCUUCAUCAAAUCCGGCGUGAUUUUGACUGAAAGGACUGUGACAAGUGUUUCAUUUCAGUUGUGUUGUAAAAUUGGAAAGAAAGAAACCUUUACCCAAGGUAAGGGUAUAUUUUCAAUCUCAUCUCUUUGGAUAGCUUAAAGUAACAACAGGUUACUUUGAAGGUAUAAAAUUUCUCACACACUACCAGCGGGGUACUUUUCGCGUUUUCGACUUGCCACCAUUGAUUCAUUUGACAGAGGACAGAGAAAGAUUUCAGCGAGUUGACAUCGCUUUGAAUUUCUUUGGCCAGACCUGUGACAUACGCGGGAAGUUGUUUAAGUUUUGUAACAUACGACAAAAAGUCGCAAAACGCCGAGUGAACAGGAUGAACGAGCAAAGAAGGGGGAGGGCGAUUCGCAGGGAAAAUCCACUUCUUUCAAGUUUCGCUAUUUUUAUGAUAUUUAGUAGUUACAUAAAUUUAUGGUAAUUCGUGCAGGAUAGAAGAAAUUUAAACCGUUGAAAAUUUGAUCUAUUGUGGUUAACAACGCAUAUAGACAAAUUUGCCUGACAUUCUGCUAUCAGCUGCGAUAUUUAUAACUGAAGCUUCCCUUUUUACUAUUUUUUAUAGUUGCUAUCAGUUUUAAAAAAGGCUGAGAAAAAGGAAUUCAAGGUUAUAAUCCCGAAAGCCACCUUUAAAGGUAUUUGGUAUUUGACAACUCUUUUAAUGAGAACAGAAGCAGAUGCGCGAAGCGCAGCGGAGGACAAUACUUAAGAUCAGGGCGGAUAAAGGUUGGGCAAUGAAACGAGCGCGUCGGAUCAAAAAGGUGUGAUGCAGUGGACUGGGAUCAAAUUAUGGACUACAGUUUAAAAAGACAGCAAACGACGGCUAGUUGCGAAGAUCAAGGGAAUAUCAAGGGAAUCUCAGGAAAAUGAGUUAUGAAUUUAAAGGGUUUCGUUAAUAGAUAGAUAGAUAGAUAGAUAGAUAGAUAGAUAGAUAGAUAGAUAGAUAGAUGGAUAGAUAGAUAGAUAAAUAGCCUUUAUUUUAAAACGAUAAGUAUUAUUCAUAAAAACAACUUCGGCGAGUUCCUCCUUGUGAAAAAUACAUCAACGACUGCCAAAGUUCAACGCAAAAUAGAUUUAUCAUAAGAUGACAGCCAUCUUCGCCUACCAACAAGUUUCUCGGAUUUCGCCAGCAAAACUUGAACAUCGUAGCUAAAAUUCAUACCAUCCUCCUGGACUUCUUACGAACAUUUGUGUAAGUUAACCCAUUAUGUGGGCUUGAAAACUCUUUAGUCCUUGUUCCCACUGAUUGUCAACGAAUAACUGAAUAAACAAAUUGCACUGUCACUCCUCUCUCUAACCAUACUCAAACAAAACUAGUAGAAUAUGGCGUGUUUGUAACCAAUCAAUAAAAGCGUUUGCUUUUCUGUGCCGCACGUUUAGAGAAUUUUGCAGUUAAUCACAACUCAAACUUUUUUGACAAACUUUAUUUUUUGGAUAGUAUUAAGCUGUUCGUAUGUCGAGUUUAUAUGAAUGUCACGGGAAGUUUAGAUAAUGAGUGGCCCCUCGUUUGGACUGUUUAUCUGCUAUCAAGAUUCUUCUGUUAUUCGAAGAGAGAGCUGGUUUGUUUAUUUGGUUUUUGGGGUAUUUUGGAAAGCUUCGCCACUGAAUUCAACGAAAGUGAAAAUUAAACAUGCAGGCAUUUAACAGCAGAAUACAGGAAAAGUCUCACUUACUCUCUUUACAGCUCCCCCACCCCGUUCAAGUUUUGCUGUAAAGUCAGGCGACCGUAGGUUUAAUUAUUUCAUGUCAUGCGAGACGAUGACGAUGGCUUCGUGUGCAGAAGCGUCAAUUAAUUUUAUGGUAGCAAAAGUAAAGACAAAGUUUUUAUAGAAUACCCGGUUCUAGCGACUGCCAGUAAAAAUUAAGGAUAAUUUGCGAAAGUCUUGCUUCGAGAGAAAAAAGGUUUUCGGAAACAUUUCAUUCACUCUGGCUUGAUGUCUUGAAUAAAGUGUUGUUGUUGUACAUGUUUCAUAGAAGUUUUAUUCAUGUUUUAAUUGUCAGUCAUAAUUUUGUAAGGUGUUUUGCAGCGGCUUUUUUUCCUUUUGCGGACUGUGUUUUAAAAUUUGUCAGAAUGACGCGUGAGUGAAAUGUCUGAAAAUGGUUGAAACAUGGCCUGUGAUUUGCGCCUGUGUUUACACAUUAACUCACAUUUUUCAUUCUCGCCGAAAAUAAAUUACAUAAAAGAUUUGUCGAUUAUUCUACCGACAGACUCGUAACUUUGCCAAAAUAAUUCGCCUUUUUGAAAUACGUUUAUAUAUAUUGUUGACACGUUUAUAAUUUGUAGUUUGAGUAUAGCGCACAUUUAGCCUUAUAAAUACACAACACGCAAAGCGCAGUUUGUGUAAACUUCAAAAUUAUGGUUAUUCCUAGGGGGUAAUGUUAAAUACGUUUACUUAUGAACCUUCCUGGGUCUUUUCACCCGAAGACACCUAAAGAAUAACUUAGUAAAGGUUACUGAGUAAAAGAUAUUGUGGUACAUAAUUUAAAGGGUAGUUUUACACGCAACGGUUUGUCGCUCUGAUUUUGCAAAGCCAAGGAAGCUUAUUCUAAACAAAAAAUCGGUCUAAUUUACUAUUCGGGUAGAAUCCCUUUUAGACGGAGAGAUUGACUUAUAAACAAAAACUGUGAACUGGAUGCAGCCAAAGAGUUUCGUAUGACAACCAGCCUUUUUAAGACAUUGAACCUCAUGGGCUGAUGGGCUAUUAGCUUUUCAAAGGGGUGUGGUGGAGGGGUUUCAGUGAUGCAGACGUAUGGGUAAGAAUUUUUUUCCAAGGCUAUUACUAUUUGUUUUAAAAUCAGCUCAGUAUAAAUUUUGUGGUUUUAAGUAAGGUUCCCUGCUAGCAGAGGUCUCUCACGACGAGGCAUUUCAUUUUUGCCUCGUCGUGAGAGACCUCUGCUAGCAGAGAACAAGAAAGAUAGCGCUUUCAAAAACUGCCCGCCUUUAUUUCAAACACAUAAUAGAUACUACAUGAGCCAAUCAGAAAUAAAAGAGACCGGGCAAGCCUGGGCAAGCCUAUGGUUCCUAUUGAAUAAAAGAGACGCUCAUUAGUAUGCAGAAGGGUAUGUGAAUGUUAAUGAUUUACCCUAACCUACUCGACUUAACAAAUUGAUAUGCAGGAAGACUAGUUGAAUAUUAAUGAUUUGCCUAUACCAGAAACUCAUAAGGGGUUGAAACGUGUAACUCGCGUUCAAUGCUCGUGAAUAUUCAAGUUUACCAUAUUUGGAAACCUUAGUGACAGAUAUCCAUUUUCAACACAUUGGCUGCCGCGCGAUUACCAUGCAGAUGUUUUAAGACAAGAGUUCUGCAUUUCAGGCUUAAAAAUACACCGUUAAAAGACAAAAAAAUGGAAAGAGAAAGUUAAAAAGAAUGCUCAGCUGUCUUUUUGUGGAAGAAGGGAAGCUUUUCAUCAAGAAAUCUUCCCUCGAGGAAUUCAACCUUCUUUUCUUCAUGACGGAUCUCUGGUCUGUUUUGAAAUGCAACCAAGGUAGUGAAGUUUUUGCUGAAUUUUCAGGUACAUUUUGCACUCUAUAGCCAAGACAAUUACGUUUUUGAAAGGGAAUUUAUGUAUUUUUAAAUGUCUCAUAGACGUUUUAUAAAUUUUUCUCUUCGGCGCUAAAGAAAAAUUACAAAAUUUGCCCCGAUUUGAGAUGGAUUUUGUGUUGAAUUUUGCCAUGUGCUCAGCCGAUUUCACUUGCGUGAACGGAUCCACGAUCGAGAUAGUAUUUUCCGAAUUGCCUUAAAGGAUUAACUUUUUGGAUUUUGAAUAAAAGUUUUCAAGAAACGGCUUCUCUGUCUAUUGUUUUGAGUUUGUUCAUUCACAAACUUAGCUCAAAACACGAUCGUGACUACAACAUCCAAGCUGAAUUUAAACUUAAAUGCUUCUCACAUUCAUUACACGCAUCACUUUUUGCGAAGAUGUCAGGUUCAGGUUUUGGACACUUCGAUACGCAGCUAAUAAAUUUUAUUCCAAAAUAGUUUUUACUGUUGAUUAUAGACUUUUAAUAUAAGAAUUUUAAAAGCCUAUUUGCAUUAUAAGUUUACUGUGCAGAGGGUCAACGAGGCAUCGUUAUUUGAAGUGACUGAACUUCAAGAAGUUGCGAGGACGUCAAAGGGUUUCAUAGUGUUACGUUUGGCCCGGGUGGUAAGGCAAUAUCUUGCUCAGUGUUUCGGUAAGAUUCCUGGUUUCAACCUUUCAAAGCUUUCUCGCCUUUCGGGAGUUUUUCCCCCGUUUGUCGGCCAUUUUUUUAAGCGGGCGCGGGAACCUGAAGUAAAACUACGUCACGUUGUUUACGAAGUUUGAUUGGUCAGUUAUCUCUUCUUCUCGUUCCAAAUAUGGUACUUUCGAAAAUGAAUAAUCACGAGCAUCGGACAAAGCAAACAUAUGAGAGUUACACGUUUCAACCCCUUAUGAGUUUCUGCCUAUACCUAUAGCUAUACUUAUACACCAACGGGGCAUAAUUUUAAUUAACAGUUAGUGAAUGAGGAGGAGUAUCUUAUGACGAAUUAUGGAGAUCGAGGAGGGUGUUAUCCGUCGAGGCCGUAGGCCGAGGCGGAUAACACCCUCCGAGAUCUCCAUAAUUCUUCAUAUGAUACGAAAGCCGAAUUCAAUAACUGUUUUAUUAUUCAUUCAAAAUGAUUCCUAGUUUAAAAACAACUAAAACAUGCUUACCUCUAUCGAUCCAUCGAUGUUCAGUUCAUCUUCGACAGUGUACGUUUAGCUUUGUCCAGUGCCGCAAAUAUUCUCCAAAUAGCAGAUGUCGCCCUUCGAGUUGUCUUCUUGCUGUUCUUGCCAUGUUUUAAGCUAUUUUUUCGCCUAGUUCUUACUCUUGAAACGAGUGAAAUGUCCGCCAUUUUUUCAAGUUCACAACCAAAACAACUCAACCUCGUCCCCAGGUCUUCUCGGUUAACGGUGCCUUAACCUGCGAAAACGCUGCAUUUUUGACGUCAUUUCCUCGUUAAAGUCAAAUUUCUUCCAGAUUUGGUCAUCAGAAACUGGUUAUGGUGAAUUAAACGUGUGCUUUUAGCCAGUAAGAAUCAGGGAAAUAUUGUGAAUGAAUAAUAAUUAUAGUUAAUGCUCCCAACCCAUGAAAAUAUUAAACAAGACAGCAACAAAAGAUCUGUGGGAGAAAAGGGGGAAGGGGAUGAAGUUGCUCGAGUUGCCAAUUGGAAUCUUACAGGAUGACACAGGUCAGGUGGUUGGGAACGAGAGGACUCACCCAAUAAGAACAUUAUCACGCUACAACAACACAACAACCAGGCUAAAGAGAGGUCCUAAUCCUCUCUCUGGGAUCCUAAUUCCCAGGCCCCAUGGGGACAACCACAACAAGAAAGGUUAGCUCCUUGUUACAUGGUAACAAAGCUGUCUGGGGGGCCCAUUCUACCACAAAAGAUGACCAUGUGAGUCUAUGGGGCAAAGGGGCGACCUGCAUCGAGCACUUCAUCCCCUUCCCAUGGUUUAUUUACUUUAAAAGACGAACAAUGAGAAAUUUGUUCUAAGUCUGUUGAACUAACCGAUCAGUCGUCAUAGGCUAUUGCAGCUGAGAGCAAAGACCAACAUGUUGGGAUUAACUGGUGCUACAUAUAUAGGAUUGAAAAAAGAGCUCAGGGAGCACACAUAGUCCAAGAGUCGAAAACAGCACUAUGCUUGAAACGGUAACAGUUAUAUGUGUAGCAAUACAGUUGAUAACAUUCUACUUAGAAAAUUACGCUGCUGACAGAGAGCUAAACAAUAACAGUAACAAUAAAUUAUAAGAAUGUCUCAAUGAGCAAACAUACCGCUCAAGUCCAACAGCACUGGGCUGGAUAAUUAAAGCCUUUGUAACAAUAAAGAUAUAGAAUCUCGACAUAGCAGUAAUUAGGUGAUAAAAUUAUACUAAGAAAAUUUGCACUGCUCACAGAGAGCCAAACAAUUAACCGUAACAAUGAUAAGAAUGUCUCAAUGAGCAAACAUACUGUUCAAGUCCAACAGCACUGGGCUGGAAAACUAUAACAAUUUAAACAUUUAAGAUAGGCAAGGAACCCUCUACAUAGCAGUAUGAUUAGUGUAGCAAAACAGUAAAUGUUAUACUUAAAUUAUUAUUUGAGGGUCUGAAUGGGGGGGUCCAUUUGUCGGUUGUCGGUUAAAAGUCAGUUACUUUGUCGGUAGUCGGUUAAAAUUUUCGAUCUUUGUCGGUAGUCGGUUAAACGUCUUGAUUUUUGUCGGUUGUCCGAAAAUCUCAGUUAAUAAGUAAAAACGCUUGUUUAUUAUUAAUAUUUUUUAUGUAUUUCACCAAGUUUCAAGACUUUGAUCCCAAGGGAGAGACUAAAACUUGCAAGAAUGCAUCAUUUGAUUGCCACUUAAACUUCAUUAACUCUUGUUUGUUUGUGCAAGGUGAUCGUCAGGAGCCGAUCGGCUCCUGUGGUCGUUUAUUUCACCAUUGUUUGCCAAAUGAAUAUCAUGCGUACUGAUAAGAUCACCAAACCUUUUACUGUAAAUGCGAACUUGGUUUCCCUGUCGAGUACACGGCACAGUAAAAAGUAAUUAAUUAAUUAAUGGACACUAGCUUUUUGGGUACUUAAAUUAUCAGCUUAGUGGAAAACUGCAAGGGGUGACGGGCAUCACAUCUAUCCUUUGCCAUAAGUUUCCUUCCUCAAAGAAAUAACACUUUAACCCUCGGACAUGCAAGGGGUGGGGGGGGUGGGGGGUGGAUGCCACCCCCUUUAGGUUUUCUGGGAUUUUUCCAAGAGGAUAAAACAUCAGCACCUGAGGUUUUCAGUAGAUGUUCGUUUAUCCCUCGCACGCAUUUUGAGAAAAGUUCAGUGAUGAUCAGUUUCUAUGGUUACGAAGUAUGACGUAAUAAGUAGCAGGUUGUCAAGCCAUUUUGAGUGAAAAUAUAUGUUUUUUUCAACUUUUUUCAACAAUAAAAGAAAAAUCUUGUAGCUAAAAUCAUGCAAAGUGCUUAUUUAUGUGUUAUUAUUCAUGUCAAGCAAUAAACAUUUCUCUUUGUUCUAACCUGUUUUGUAAUUCUUUGCAAUAUCCAAGAUGGCGGCAAAGAUGGCGACCUUCGUUGGUGACGUAACAGGCCUCCAGCAGUGCCACCAUUCAUAAAAUAUACCUCAUCUUGUUAAGAAUAUCAAAGGCUUUUCAGUGAAGGCAAAAUCGCUUCGAAAUACUGCAACAUAUCAAAAACUCUGGGGAGGGGUUCCAUCUACCAUCCUCUUGUACCAUGGUGGGGGGUAUGAUUUUGCGUGUACGUCUGAGGGUUAAGUUGGCAAGGUAGUGGUUGGUUUUGUAUGAGAUUACACUUUUACGUUAAAGUUUCUUUUAUAAUAGACACUAAGGGCUUGUAUUGUGUCACGAAAGGCAAUAUUUCUUUUUCUUCCUUGUUGAUUUGUUUCAGGAGCGCUGCUUUUCUCCUGUGAGUUUUACUUCUAAUAGCAAUUUUUAUUUCAAAAUUGUGUGGCCAGCCUCUGUCCAUCAUCCGCUUUUUGAAAUCUGAAAUACUUCCUCAGAGGAGUUUGUUCGUAGGAUACUCAAGGCCAAAUCCAUUGGUCAAAUCCAUUUUAACAUUCGGUGGGUGGUAAGAGGUGAAAAUGUAUAUACGUCUGUACGUCAAUGAUAGCUUUUUCUCAUUUUUCGUUGAAUGUUGUGCCUUGGUAUACAACGGGGUCUAAAACGAUUGUCUCAGUGUCAGAUAUUUCGGGCGUAAAUUUCAUAGCCAGUAGAGCAGUAGGGUGAAGUAAGUUUACUUGUUCCGUGAAUUUGAAGAAAUCUACCAUGUCUGAUUUACUUAUGUCCCAAAGGGAAAAAAUAUCAUCUAUGCAGCAUUUUCAAACAGUUGGUUUAAAGACGGUUUUGCUUAAACUUUGUGUUUCAAUAUAUGCGGCCAUGAAAAUGUUGGAAAGGAAACUGCUGCAUGUGCUCAUCGCGGUACUGUGGUCUCUUACUGAUAGUGCUUUCCAUUAAACUGGAAAGAAUUUUCUUUCAGGAUUAAUCUAAACAUUUCUCGGACCGAAUCAAGAAAUGUUCAGUUUUUUCAGCUUUGUCUUUUCAAUAAAAUAUAUAAAGUCGGUAGCAUCUUUAAGGACUGUGGCUUCUUUGAUUAUGAUAUUGGUUGUAGUAAUGUAGCCGUAUCAACAAAAGAGGAAGAUCUUUCUGUUAGACCAUCUGAUGAGUCAUAAAUUUAAAGAGGUUACUUCCUAACGGCUGGAAAAAAAUGCAGAAUGCUCUUUUUUUUUCUGAAACAAAUAUUGAUAAUGUCAGCCCAUGUCGGUGGUCGGUUAAUAUUUUUCCUGUCGGUAGUCGGUAAUUUUUUACUCGUUUUGUCGGUAGUCAGUAAUAUUUUUAGCCCUUUGUCGCUAGUCGGUUAACCCCAUUCCCACCCUCUUAUUUCAGAAGGGUAACUCAUAUAAUUUCUCUGACCUCCCUUUCAUGGUUGUUUGCAUUAACUUAAAUUUAUAUUACUUGUAAAUUGGCUUAUAUUACUCCGUAUGAUAUGAAUUAUGCAGAUUGUGGACGGUUGAGAUGGAUAAGACUCUUUUCGAAUCUGCGUAAUUGUUGAUAUUCUGAACUAAUAAUCGUUGAUUAAAGUUAUGGUUAUGUCUUGGCUGAUAUUCUGAAAUUAAAAAAAAAAAAAAAAAAGAGAGAGAGUUUUCGAAAAUCGUCUAUCAUUAAGGACCAAACACAUUAAUUAUUGGUAGAAAACCAGAAUUGCGGGAAACUUUGACUGAUUCAGAAACCCAUUAGCUCCUGCUUGAUUCAACGCGAUUCAUUCGAUAUCCGUUAUUGACCAAGCGUGAGGUCAAGAUGGCUGGAUAUUGGCCAUUUUUUCGCGUUUUUUAUGGACCGAGAAGAAGUCGAGGUCGAUAAAACCGCAAAAAAGGACGAGGCCAAUAUCCAGAUAUCUUGACUGAAUAAGCUUUGUCAACAACGGAUUUAUCAUGGCCAAAACGAGAACAUUUUUCUCUCGGGACCAACGCGAGAUAUCCCGAGAGGGCAAGAAUGGCUUGGGUUGCCAGUAAGAACACAGGAUUCGCUUUAUCUUCCCCGCUCGCGGAUUUGGCCAUAUAAUAAAAUUCCUUACCGUCUGCACCUCAUUCUUUGGCGAUAACAGUUGGAUAACAGUUUUUUCUCUAUCUUGUUAGGACUGUUGGCAUAUAUCAUGACCCAAAUUGGCUUGUUCUUGUUACUUCUCCUAGCGAUAACAAUGUCUCAGGCUGGUAAGUAUUUUCACUGUCACGCCAUCAAAGAAAAAAAUCAAAACUGUUCAAUAGAUAUAUUCCAGAAUCUGGGAAACAAAAUGGGAUAAAUAUCCUAAGAUCUUCACCAAGAUUCAGGUCAGCACAAUUUUUCGUUUUAGAGAUACUUGGAGAAUUGAUUUACCCAAAGUUAAAGAGCUUUGUGUGGAGCCGCCAUGUUGGUGCCCAUUCGGAUGAACACCAACAUGACGGCCGGAACUCAACACAAACAUCUGUCACUGAGUUUUGCUUUGAAAACGUGAAUUCAUCCGUCGAGAAACUCUUAACAAUUAAAGUGAUACCUUUUCUAACACAAUAACUGUCUAGAUAGCAAAAUCUCCCCAAAUAAGGUACUUUUUUUUUAACCUGACAGCUCUCUCGGCCGCCAUGUAAAUACCACGUCACUCAAAAGCUUAUUAGAAAUUCAAGGCACUGUAUCACAAAAGGAAAACUCUUCAGAAGUAAAAAUUGUUUGAAUAUUGAUUUUUAGUAGGUAUUAAAACGGUGGAUAAUGUUUUUCACGCCCUCUCAUGCUCGAGAAAAAUGUUUUUUCGGUUUUCUUUCGUAAUGACUCAGUCAAUUCUAAGCGUGGCCAUCCCCCCCUGGGCAUUUGUCGGGCAUUUGUCAUGUUGCGUGGUAUCGGCGGUGGGGAAUUGUCAGAAAACCUGUGCCCUGGGGUAGGGCAUUUGUCAAUUCUUUUAGAAGCGGUUAACGUCGUUCUUUUUUCAAUAUUUCACUUAAAAAAAUACGUUUAUUUAAAUAAGUUUAGAUAUAUCUAUAAAAAAUAUUUUUAAUAAUUAUACUUUAAAGAGGUAUAUGUGGUUCUCGCUCCAUCACUUCGCUAUCCCACAAUCUGUUUUUGCAUCCGUUUGAUUCCCGCCAUCAUGAUCAGUUCGCACAUGGAGGAAAAACAAUAAAUGCAUCGUUUGAAGAGUUUAAAGGAAAAGACGCUUUCUUUGUACGUGAAUGGUUGGGCCAGAAAGAACUAGAAAAACUUUGCAAGAUAUUUGAAAGCUGACAUAAGCUCAUCGGUUGUUUGUUUAUCAUUCACGUCUUCGAAAAAUAAGAAAGGUAUUAUUAAAAUUCUAGUUUAUAUUUCUGUCAUUGAUAUUAAUCAGAUAGAUGUGUUAUUUUUUGCAAUAAUUAUAAGUAGCGGCUAGGGGCGAUUUGCGUAGGGGGUUCACACGUUUUGAUCGGACUAUUAGAGAUUUCCCAUAAAAAUGGUAUUUUCAGCUUAUUUACUGGAAAAUACAAUUUUGGUGUUGUCCCAGGGUGAGGAAUUUGCACUAUAUUUUUGAGCCCCAUCGUGGGGCAUUUGCAGCUUUUCCAAAACAAAGUGACAAAUGCCCGACAAAUGCCCGGGGCGGGGGGAUGGGCACGCUGGGAAUUGACUGAGCCUUAAUGUAACAAAAAAGCUGUUCCCGUUGAAAUUCGGUUUUGCAGUUUUUACAGAUAAAGCUUGAAGGGAUUUGUUUAGCUCUUGCGGGGACAUUUCUUCAAAAACAGUUGUGAAUUCUUUCUCUGUUUGAAACCAUUCUGUAAAAUAUAAUAAUAAUAAAAAAUUAAAUUCAGUUUUAAGCUUUGGUAACGCAUGACGGUGAAAGGUCGAUGAAACCGGUAAAAAGGUUUUUUAAUUACAAAAUUAAUUAACAGUUAAUGAAUGAGGCUGAGUAUCUUACGAAGAAUUAUGGAGAUCGAGGAGGGUGUUAUCCGUCGAGGAAUGACGAAUGAACGACGAUGCCAGGGCAUUACAAGACGCUUUAGAAAACCUUAACACAUGACAACAGGUUUUUUGUUAAAAAAUUCUGAAAAUUAUGAACUUAAGCCAAAAUUUAAGCUCUAAAGUUUUCAGUGCGCAGAGUUCUCGACCGAUAAUCAGUUUGAUAAACAUGACAAAAACCAACCAUUGUGAGCGUAAAUCGUCACCCAUAAUAACAGGUAAUCAAAUGGUAUACUCGUGAAAGUUACGCGUACUAAUACGUCAUAAAAGUAAAAACUCAGGCGGAUAGAUAAUUGAUUAGUUUGAUGACGUCAUGUGAAAACCAGCAAUGCCAUGAAAAGGUCGGGAAGAGGGUGAGAUUAACAGGCUCCUACUUAUCUCUAAGAAUUUUUGUUGUCAAGUUUAUCUCGGAUUGGCCCUGAUGGGAUCCGUCCGCGAUACUAUUCGCCGCUACUGGUCUCCCAAAAUAGUCAAAAGCUAAACCAAUUAAGAUCGAAGCUGUAAUACUUAAGAACCUUGCAUGUUUUUAACAAGAUAGGUGUUAGGGCCUGUUUACAUGGAAGUGGGGGACCACGGGUAGGUGAGAGAACAUGUGGCGGGUGACCCCACCUAUCAUGUAAUUAAACGUGAUCAAAUUAAAAUGAGAAGUAUAUGGACAGGCGGGUUACCCCACCUAAGCGGGUUACCUCAUCUACCUGGGGUCCUCCACCUCCAUGUAAACAGGCUCUAAGAGUUUAUUUUAUUAUAUAAACACCAAUGAAAUACCAGGUGAGCUUUCGCGCGAAAACAUGAUAUCUUCACACGUUAUUUUCAGAUGCGAAAAGAUCACCGUUGCUAUGGCUACAUAAUAAAUCGCGCCUUUCGCAGCAAAAAAGUAUUUAAGGGAAAUGGUUUGGCAUUUCAUCGGUGUUUAUGUAAUAAAUAGAAAAUUACAUGGCCGCUUGGAGAUACAAAAUUUCUCCUCUCGUGUUAAAAAAUAUUUCACUCGUUUGCUGUGCUCACUGGUGGAAUAUUUUUCAACACUCGAAGAGAAAUUCCGUAUCUCUUCGCGGCAAUGUAAUGUCCUCUGUCUCUUUCUUGCAGUCUUAUUACAUGCUAUUGGCAGAGUUCUGAUAAAGCAGUGAAACUUUAUUCGACGUAUUAUGACUGUUUGUGGUCCUAAUUGUAGCUUCAUAAAAAACAGCUGCAUUAGCUUGCAUUUGAACAUAAAUGCCACCUGAAUUAUUAUUAUUAUUAUUAAUUAGUGUCAUCUCAACGGACAUCUUCCGGGAGUUGGUCCCUUCCAUUCUUACGUAAUUUUCAUUGCUUUUCUUUAUAAGGCCGACACCUCACAUGUCCUCAAGACUGGAUAGAAUUUGAAAACUCGUGCUAUAAGGUUAUGGACAGUUUUGGUUAUUCGCGGGAAUUCAGUUGGUCGAGAGCUUUAAGCGUGUGUUACGGGUUUGGAGGAUACCUUGUAAGUGUGGCGAAUAAAAAGGAAAUGGAUUUUGUUCGUAGCAUUUCUCCCAAGAUAACCGACAGUUCAGCUUGGAUUGGGCUGGUUUAUUACUUCCAGAAAAAUGAAUAUCUAUGGAGCAAUGGACAACCUUUUAAUUGUUCUUUUUCCGUCGAGUCGCGUUGGUUAUGUAUGAAGAUUACUGUACGUGAAGACAAAUGUGGCGAAAUCUUCAGAAAUGAUUUGAGCCUCACCGAAUGUUGCAAGAAAAAGAAAUAUUUCAUCUGUGAAAGGGAGAAAGGUAAGUUGUUCCUAACUUGGUAAGAAAAAAAUUAAGGAUAGGCGGGGUUGUGUUUUUGAGUUAAAAACAUCUCAUAAACUACAGCUACAAACCAGUGAGGAGCACCGGACCUUCUGUAAACAAAUAUAAGGAUACAAAUAGAUUUUGAGAUUCCUUUUUAUUUUAUCUCUGUAUUCUCUCAGUCUUCUUGAUGUAAGGAUCAGUUUUUAAUUUGUAGUUUUGCAUAUAUAUGGUCAGUUUUGAGCAGAUUUGCCAAAUAAAGAUGAAACUUAAACUUUGACUUGUUCCGGGGGAAGGGGGGCGGGGGGUUCGUCUCUAUAAAAAUUUGGAGGUGCUCGUCGAAAUUUUCAAAAUACACCCCUAAAAUAUAACAGAAUAUAGCAUCUGUGUGUGGCUCAAAUUCAUUUUAACCCCUCCUGUGAGGUACUGUACGGAAAAAACGGUUGAGUAACCAAAAUACAUCCUAUAAUUUUCAGCGAGACACCUCGACAGGCUUCUAAAAGGUACCAAAACAGCUCUUAUGGCAAGAUCUAAUAUGUUCAUAUUUUAGAUAAGAGCCGGCGACUAAGUGGUAUCAAUCCACAAAUCAAACAUUAAGCCCCAAAAGGUAGGACGAGUUCCCUUAUUAUCUUUUUUGGUGACUUCUCCCUACGGACUUGUUUUGCUUUCGUUUUUUUUUUCUACACUUAUCGCCAAAGUUACCUUGAGUUUUAAUUGGUUCACUGCUUACGUUUUCCCUCUUGUCGGAUUAGUACAUGUAUGUGUCAAUCAAAUGCCAUAAUUUCACGGGUGUUACACUAUUGUCCAAACCCUACUAAUGUGGGCGAGGGAAAUUAGCACCUAAUUUCACGAGUAUAGCAUUUGAUUACCUCUGAUUAAUAUCAUGGGUGACCCCACUGACGAAUUACGCUCACAAUCGUAGGUUUUUUACAUGUUUAUCACAAGAUUAUCGAACGAGAAAUCCACGCUCUGAGAACUUAAUAGAGCUCAAAAUGUUCCUUAAGUUUAUAAGUUUCAGACUUCUUCGACAAAAUUCCUGAUAGAAUCCUUCUUGAUGUGCUCUUUCGUGUGUUCAGGUUUUCUUAACCGUCUUUUGAUGCCCUGACAUCUUCAUUUCUAACAUUUAAAAACUUUGCCGCCAUCUUAGCACUGAGACGUACGAAAGGUUGCCAAGGUAAUUUUAUAAUUUCACAUGUGAAAUUAUAAAAUUAUCGCUGAAAUUUCUCGCCAAUAGGCCAUUUUACAGUUAUGGAUGGAAGCGAGGCUGAGGGUGAGCUUGUUUUGAUACAAACCUGCCUGCUUUAUUAUGUAAAUCAAGUUAUUCUUAUGCUCACGAGUAUUUUUCAAGAACAAUUUCCAUAACAAAGCAAAGAAGGUUUGUAUCAAAACAAGGUCACCCUCACCCUCGCUUCCAUCCAUAACUGUAAAAUGGCCUAUUUGUCACCAAUCAGAUUAACUUUCUUGGUUUAAUGUACUACUAACUGUUCUUUAAAUUAGGUCCACUGGCUUGUUCUAGCGAUUGGCAUCUCAGUGGAUCGUCUUGCUACAAAGAAAUUUAUAAAAAAAGUACAUGGAAAGAUGCUCAAAAGGCAUGUUUUGACUUUGGAGGAGGUCUGGUGAAGAUAGAUAAUUACUAUCAGCACCUAUUUUUGAUUCGUUUCCUGGAAAUUUCUGGUGUAAAGAAAGAGGGAAUAGAUGUAAGUACGAUCGAGUUAUUUACUGUUGGCAUCACCAGGUGUUAAAAUCAAGCGUAAAGACAUGCUUACUCAUAUCUUCUUGUUGUGUAAAGAAUAGAGAGAAGUCACUACGUCACGUUGCUACGGAAGCAAAAUUUCUAAAUCUCAACAAACCUUGUGUUCGCGCAAAUAAGGCAAUUUUAACUUGCUGAGUUGUUUGAAUAUUCUCAUAUGCACGAUUGUUCUGAUCUCAGGAACAAAACAGAUAGUAGCCCAUUCGCCAAUUUAGAAAAUACCAUAACAAUCCUUUUGUCUCCCCCAAAAUGUUGCAUAACCAUUGUUUUCAGUUUCUCUUGGGAUUUAGAAUCGUCGCAAAAGAAACUGAAACUACAAUGGCUAUGCAAAGCGUUUUUUUGAGGGACAAAAAGAUUAUUACGGUAUUUUCUAAAGUGGCCAAUACUUUUCUUCUAUAAGAUUGUUGAGAUCCGGGAAUUUUGCUACCAUGAUAAGGUGACGUGACACUUCUCUCUAUUGUGCAGUGUUUAGUAAUAGUGCACCGUCUGUCAAUCUAGGCUUACUAAGAAAGACGUUUUUUUAAAGGUGGGUGGCAGUGAUUUGCAGCAUUUUUCGAAUAAUGCGAAAAUAACAAACGCCCCUUGAUUAGUGACGAGGCUAUAAAAACUUUUUGACAAGUUUUCCUGUUUUAAAGCACCCUUAUAGAUAGCCUUAAUGUGGCUCGACCCGAAUGAUUAUCUUUGUACAGUAUUCGAUGAUGUUGUUAACCUUCGCGGGAGCUGCAGAAACAAUUUCCUCCCACGGUCCCCACGGGAAAAGCUACAACUUGUUAUAAUUCUCUUCCUGCGUGUGAAAAUUCUCUCCUUGCAAGAAAGGAAUGUGCAAUUUGUAAAUCACCCGUAAAAUUGACACAUUCACUUGGAUAGUAACAAAGCUUUAUAUGCAAGGUCCGACAGAAAUAAAACUGAUUUUAAUUUGCUUUGCAAGUUUUAAGAGACAGAAAAUUACUGUUUAUAAAUAAAAGUAUUUAAAACCCCAGUAAUUUAUUUAAUUCUCACUUAGGGCAAAAUUGAUGACUUCAAACUAAUGCCAAUCAUUUCUUAUUUCAAAAGGCUAACUUGCCUAUUCAUCCCCGGCUCAGGCAGACCUGAAUGAACGCCCAUUUAAUAUGGGGGUUUUGUUUGUACUUAACUAGAUUUGUUAAUGUCUUGUCUGUGUCCAUAUUUAAGUACGUGUGGGUUGACAACACCGGGAACUCAUCAAAAUGUAGACGCAUGAAGACACACACUGGAACGAUUGAAGAGCCCGACAACUGUGACGGUCUCUAUAUGCACUAUGUUUGUGAAAGGCCAGCCGCCUCAACUAUAAGUAAAUACAAAUUUUAUAUGAUCCAAUUCUACUAAAGGUUUAGUUAAUGCCCGGGGGGACUGAUGCCUCAUAUAAAAAGACGGGGAUACUCGACGCCUUGUUUAGGGGUACGGGUAAAUUGUAGAUCAGUUUAGUGUCAUUACUCGAGUUAAGGACUGAAAGCCAUAUUUGGACCCACACAAGUAGCUUUAAGGGCUUUGCGCGAAGAAAUGACGGAUAACAAAGAAGAAAAGAAGACACAGUUAAUAGGCACAAUUCAAACGUCGAACUUUUCAUGUACCGAACUUGACACCUGUUAAAUGAUAUAAGUUCAACGGUUGUUUCGGACGUCGAACUUAAUUUAAUAGUCAAAAUAUUUUACAGACAUUCUCUUACCCUGGGAACGAGAGGUUGUAAGGGAGUCAUAGUUUUAGUCUUAGUAUUCAAAUCUGGUGACUGACCAGCUCUUUAAUUUUCCCAACUUCGCUCGCAUUUGAAAUGAGCUGAAGAUUUUUAAUUCCUACGGACCAUUGAGCUUGAAAAGCCCGCGAAAUGACGCAGACAACACGGUAAUUAGAAAUUAGAAAUUAAAACCCGCGUACUAAAUGCGUACCGCGGUCACAGGCAAAGGAAAGGUUUCAGAACACUAUACUUGUCUCCAUUUUUUCCUAUCACCUGGAGAAAAUGGCUCAAUUUCUUUUUCCUGGCUGGCUAAUUAUCAGUUAUUUUUUGCGUUGAAAAAGGAAGGAAUAGACAAUCCUGGCUGGGAAAAUGACUUUUGGUAAAAAUCCUAGCUGGGAAAAGCCCUUAAGGUAAAGACCCUGGCUUGAUAUUGUAUUUUAACAUCUACCUCUAGCUGGCUUUGGGGAGUGGAUAUAAUUUUCCCACAGAAGUUACUAAUCAACCAAAAAACACUUAGUGACUGUCAAAAUAUUACUGGAGGCGAUAUCUAAUCACUUUCGAAUUUUUUCUCGUUGACUACUCCUGACAAAUAACGCAGCGGACGGCAAACUGUACAAUUCCGCCAGCAGGAGUCUUCACGACGGUUUUGCGAGACACCUAAGGUCCAUGAGUUAAAGUACGGCUUUUACCGUCAAAGCAUGUCAAAACCAUGCUUGUUUUCCUCGACUUUAUUUUUCAAUUCCUCAUAAAGGCUGUACCAGCGUCUACCGGAGGAUUUUAUGGGCAAAAAUGUUAAGGAUAAGUAAUUGAACGAUUUUGUUUAAAAUUAGUUGUCGUUGCGCAAUAGAUAACGCCUUGACCUUGCACGUCGAAGGUAGGAGGCUUGACUCCCGCUAGAGAAAUUUUUUUUUUGGUCGUUUUGUUUGGUUUUGUUUUUUUUCUUAAAAAAUAUUUUCAUUUUUUGACAGACUUAAAAUACACCGCUAGACUAAUUGCCAGUUCAUUAUCAACUUUUAUUCCUAAAAUAAUUAAUCCACGAGUUAGCCAUAGGAAUGGCUAACUAAAUUUAUUAAAGACAGGGGUUACUUUAUUUGGCCGCCUUCCAUUUGCUUGGGAAAUCCCAGUUUCUAUCUGUUCUUAAUGCUUGAUAAUGAAGGCCAAACAAUACCACUGGCCACUUUCGAUAACUUACGCUUUCCUUUCGUUUACAAAUAUUUCACUCAAUAACUUUCAAAUCGUUUUGACGUUUAGGGCUAGGGAAACGAGACGAAGAUAACACAACUGUUUGAAAUUUGUUUUGGGUAUCUCCGUUGUCAGGUCAGGGCCGAUAGGUGUGAAAACAAUUGAUGAUAGGUUCAACCAAAUCGUUUGCCGAAUUAAUUUUCGAUGUUUCGAUUUUUUCCUUAUUUGCGCGAUGUUACCCCAUCUUUUGCGCGCGUUUCCUUUGCUCAUUUCCAGAUUAUCUCUGAAAUACUGCCGCUUGGCUACUUUGAUGGCAUUAUUUGUCUCAUACCUUUUUCUUUCGCUUAGCGGAGUGACCUUGUCAGAUUUUAAGUUCUGUAUCUAAAACACCCACAUAAAAAGGAGACUACCCUCUCAGUUAUCCUGCAUUUUUCCACAGGCAGUAUUAAUUGUUAUCAGAACCCAAACAACGAUUCAUCGGUUCCCAUCAAAAUCAAGUGCUCAUUCCCAGAAAACCUUUGUUUCAAAUUUGACAAGAAAACGGAGGAUAACAAACAAGUCACCAUUCAAGGAUGUAUAUCCGCUGAUCAAUGCAGACAGUUUGAUGACCAACAUUUGCAAUGUUGUGAGGGAGAUCUUUGCAAUAAUGGUAAGUGUCAUGGUUAUACAAACGCAAAAAUUUAUUAAUUUACGCGCACUCUAAGAUUUUGACAUUGUUGCAAAACAGAGACAGGAUGGUUCAAAAUUUUAAAUCAUGAUGAUGAUGAGGAGAAAACUGAUCGUAAAGCAAAUAUGGUGUACUCCUACUGAAUUUUUUUUCUUUCUUCUUUUUAAUUGUUACCUCUUUUGAUUAUAAUGCUUGUAUUUCGCAACUUGUAAGUCUUCGGCCAAUCUCAGCUACGGCAGGAUCAAGGUAGGUGUGUUUCAAAUGUUGUUCAGUGCCCGGGGGGUACUCCCAUACGUUACCUAUACGGGUAUGUGCCGCCCAAAGGGGUCGUGAUUUUGAAGCUCCUGAUUUAGAAUGGGGUAUCCAUUUCAGAGGCGUUUUCUAGAACGGGGUAUAAUAUUUCGAAUGCACGAAAGCUCCACUUUUGUAAGCAGCCAUUUGAAAGUAUUCAAGGACAGAUUGCUUUUAAAAAUACGGUUCAAUGCGUUAACAAGCAAACCGUUGUACUCUUGUUGCACCCUAGAACGGAGUAUCAGUUUUAGGGCGAAUUCUAGAACGGGGUAGAAAAAAUUGACCCAUUUCUAGAACGGGGUAUCAAUUUUAGGGGAAAUUUUUUCUAGAACGGGGUGCCAAUUUGGAGUCCCGGGCGGCACAUACCCACCCAAAAAAUACCCAAGUGCCCCCCCCCCGGGGUUCAGUGAUGGCACAGCGGGUUCUUCGUGAUACACGGUAAGUCUUCGACUAUUUUAAUCUGUGUUUACCCAAUUUUAAGGUAACGGACUCAUUUCAUUAGGUGUUUUUGCCAUACUUUGUGGUUGCACAAGUUCCUUUUUUCGUGUAAACGCCUUCUCAUCACUACUGGAUCUUACAAUUACAAACGAGACGAGUGUACAAGCUCAGUUAGCCAGCGAAGACCCGCUUUUGUCCUCGCCGAAGCGUAGUAGACGAGUUCCACUGUCAACAAGUGACAGUGUAGUAAGAAAAGAGGUUUUAACUCUAUAUAAGCUCUAACAUGUCUGUAACCCUUUUAAUCUGACCGCAUAUUAUUUGAAAAAACUUUCCCACUUCCAUUUAUAGUACAGUACCUUUGAUCACAGUUUGAUAUAUUUAUUUUGCUUGCAGUCAUAGAAACCACGACUCCCAACAAAGUUAUUUACAUUUCACUUGGUGUCACGUCCGCUAUUUUGCUGUUGUCGGUCGCUAUUUUCGUCUGGUGCUACCGAAAAAGAAAGGCAAAGAGUAUUGAAAGGUUUGUGGAGCUCUGCUAAUGCGUAGCUGGCGGUUUUUUGUUUGCUUCUUUUUUCUUUUCAGUGGUUGGUAAAGUAAGAGAUUCAUCCGCGCUAACAGCUGAACCAAGGACAAAAAAGAAAUGAUAGGGAAGGAGGCGAGCGGAGAAGUAAAUAAGAAAAACAUCCUAUACUCAACCCCUUGAGAUUUUUAAAACGCCCCUUCCAGUUUUUUUGAAAGGAUGGUGUGACAUGUUUUGAGGUCUGACGUCAGCCGACCAAAUGUCGCGCCAAAGUUUUCUUGUUUACGAUCGUUUAAUGUUUUUUUUAUUAGCGCUUUCCUGGUAAUUAUUCUCUCCCUUCGUCCCCUCCCCCAUCGUUUUCUGUUUCGAACUCGGUUCAGCCGUGUUCGCGCGGCUGUAACUCUUACUUUGCAAACCACAAAAUAAAAGGAGACACCAAAGAACCUCCAGCUAUGCUGGCUGCAUAGACACGGAAAUAAAUCUAACACUAAGAAAGCUUUUGUUUUCUCUUUUUAUCUAAACGUAGCGAUUAAUCUUCGCUCCGCGUUACGUUAUUGGCUAAAUUACAUCACGUGUCAACAAACCCGACGUAGUGCACCUGCCAAGAUGACAGAAAACAUUAACUAGAAGUCAAAACCAUUACUUUAUUUGCAAUUCUUAUGAAAAAUAAUCAAAGAACGUUUUCAUUGUCGAAAGAUGCAUGGAAAAAAAAAGGAAAAAUCCAAAGAAUAGUCUGAUGAAGACGAAUUUUGUUUUUAGAUACGCCUGAAGUGAAUUAGAAUUGAAUAAAUUUUUUUGCAGUCAUUGUUUGUAAAGGAUGGUGCCCUUGACUGAAUCGUACUUUAAAAAAAAAAAAAUUUUAUUUUAUCCCCACUCGGCUAUUCUGAUCGAGCUUUUUUUUUCACGAGGAGAACAUCUCAGCUUCGGCCAUUAUCCUCCCGCGAUGCACCAGUAGCCAGGUGCAAUAAUUUUUGUUGUUGGUAAAGUUUACAGAUAUGCGAGUAUAUGUUACUCAUGAUAUUGUGCUCAGCGUAAUAAUCCAGCAUUUUUUUUCCCCUUUUUCUAGGUCACCUUAUUCACAAGACGAGAUCACUCCUCCUGACAAGUGGGAAAUUCUGCCUGAGCAAAUAGACUUUGAGGAAGAGCUGGGGAGAGGAGAAUUUGGUGUUGUUUAUAAAGCAACCUUUAGUAAGAGUGAUGAGAUGGAGGCGUUGGUCACUGAGACUUCAAAAUGGCCUGUAUCAUCCAUGAAGCCGAAGGCACCACAGGUGGUGGCUGUCAAAGUUUUACAUGGUAAGAAAUACUGACUGUUAUCUCCACAGACAAAGGCAUAAAGUCUUAACUGCCUUUCAGUCCUCUUCAUAUUGUUGUAAGAAUCCUUAUGGAUUUAAGUAACUCUUUGGGAACUUUAAGAUCUCAGAAAAAAACAAAACUCGAUUCUUUUCGAAGACGUGAUCGCAUGGUAAAACAAAUUACACCACCCAGAGACAUUCCAUUUUUAAAAUCGGGAUUGUCUCUCGUUGGUGGUGAGAGCACGGCAAAGUUGGAAUGAGUGCAAGUAAUUUGUGGUUUCUUUGUUCACUAUGUAAGUGUGAAAAAAUAAUAAAGGCUGUUAAGUUCCAAAAAGUAGGUUUAAGCCUAUUAGCUCUAAACAAAUGCAUCUCUUACGAAUUUACAUUUCCCCAAAACCGAAAAAAAAGUAAAUUGAUCUACAGAGCCUGAAUUAAAGCCAAUAAUGAAAAUAAGUUUAAAAAAUGCAGCCUCUAGUCAAUACAUGUAUGACAACUCUUUCUGAAGGAUCGGAUGCAUUUGAUGAUUUGGUCUCCCCUUUUUGCGAUCCAUGUUGCCCAGGUUACACCGCAAGUCAUUUGAUAAUCAGGGGCACCCAACGAGAAUAUAGUUCAAAACCACUUAAACAUAGCAUUGUUAAACGUAUUUUAGUAUUUUAACGGUAGAUAAAGGCAUAUUUUUAUCCCCUAAAAAUUUUUCAUCUGUUCGGAUUUCCUAGCUGAAAGUCUAGUGAUCCGAAAAUUAUAGGGAUCAAAACUCGCCUUUUCGAAAAUUUCAGCCAGAAAAAAGGCUCCCGAAAAUUCUAGGUGACCUUUUCAGGGUAAAAAUCCGUUAAAAAUAGGCAAUUAUACCAUUUUUUGUAAGUUCGAAAAUCCUAGGAGAGGCAGGCAAGCAAGAAAUUUUACAACAAAUGUUCCGAAAAUUCUAGAUCUCAAAUCGUCUUCCGAACAGAUAUUUUUCCGAAAAUUGUCGUUGGGUGCCCCUGGAUAAUGUGGAGAAACUAAGGGGAAGAAAUUAUGAAACUGAGCUACGAAAUCACCAUGCUCACGUCUAGACCCAGGGGGUUUUCUCUUAUUAGAAGCUAUACAAGUGUGAGCGGGGCCAAAGGACAUGGUUUUUAACCCCUUUGCGUGUGAAAUUGGGAAAAGAUUUCCACGAUUUUGGAAAAACAGAUUAAACGUGAAACAGGAUUCGGUUUUGCUCUGCCUUGUACCAGGUCUGUAUUUAUUUUAUUCUAUUUUAUUGUUGGUUUAUUAUUUAUUUAUUCAUUUAUCUAUGUAUUUAUUGUUUUUAUUUCAUUCGCCUUUUAUGAACAGCGGUUUAGGUAGUGAGGGAAACCACAUAGUCACAUCACACCACCACCCGAAUUUUCCAGGAGUACCUCCCGGGGCUGCUUGGAGGGUGCAGUGGUAAAAUAAAAAUAUUAACAAAUGUCUGAAUAUUUAUCGAUAUUCUAUUACACGGUAGAAUGCAUCUGUGUAUAUCCUUGUGCAUUAUAGGAUGAGUGGGAAGCGGUAAAAAUGGACGAAUAUGUUUUUCAAAUGAAACAUAUUGCACUGAAUAAUGCUGAAAAAUAACGAUAAUAAAAUCAAUGUCAUUUUAUUUAAUUAUCUUUAGAUAAUCCAUCUGAAGCACAGAAAGCAGAGUUCACGUUUGAGAUUGAACAGAUGAAGCUGUUGGGUUCACAUAAGAACGUUGUAUCCAUGGUUGGAUGCUGCACGCUUCAGGAGAAAAUGUUCCUGGUUAUAGAAUACGUUCCGUGUGGUGACCUGCUGACGUGGCUACGCCGCAGAAGGAAAAAGGUAUGGACAUGACCAAUUAUACAAUUAGUAUAUAACGAAAUUAUCAAGAAACAGAUGUAGGGAGACAACAUUACGAAUAUAUUUUGGUACCGUCAGAACAUUUUGUACAACUUAUUUAAGCAACUGCAGUUGCUUGAAAGUUAUAAAGGCAUUUAAUGAUUACUAACAAUAAUAAUUAUAUUUUUGUUACUUGCUUGAUGUUUAGAUCAAAGAACUUCAAGCUACCGAGAGAUCUUAUGCUGACAAAGAGGUUCUGAAAGAUCAGGGAGAGACCAGAGAUCAAGUAGGCUUGUAUACUGUAGUUUAACUUUUCCAUACUAACUCUGUCCUAAAACAUUUAUUAUCCAGGGCCCGGUUCCUAGAAAGAUGGUCAAGUUUAACCCAGGAUUAAGCGAAAUUUUAAGCGCGGUUUUCUUGCUAAGAGAAUGUAACUCAAGCUUACAAAAUACUGUUGAGCUUUUACUCUGAGACACAGUAAUGAUUUACACAAAAUGUUUCUCUAAGAAAUGCAUAGGAAGGUAAAUACAAAAAGUAGAACAAAAUCUUAAUCCUGGAUUAGCGCUAAUCAGCCUUUCAGGAACCGGGCCCAGAGUGCUUGUUUGUUUUAUGUCUGGUUGACCUAGCUAUCUAAUCUACCCAUCCGAUUGUUGUUGAAUGGUUUGCACGUAACGUUAUCAUAUUUCAAAAUAAAGAGUGACAUAUCUUUUUUUUUUUAGAUUUUGCCACCUGAACAGUCCCUGUUUUUUGAAUAAGUAUUAAGUUUAAUGUUUAUGAGCUCUCUAGAGAUGAGUACUCGCUUUAUGGCAAUGUUUCUGUCAUAUCUGCGUUCCUCAGAGGGACGCCAACAUGGCUGGCCUCUCUAAACAAAGCUCUAUAAAUUUAUGUAACACACUUCUCCGAAUACCUCGCAAACGAAAAAACUGCACAGACCUGAAUCUUAGCAAGACUUUUUGAAUAUCCCUUAGAUUCCUGAAUUUAUUCAUUUCCACACAGGUCAGUAAACUUGCUAAGAAACAGAUAAAGCAAGCGGAGAAAAUACAAUUGAACAUGGAAAUAACGCCAUUACUACAAGAUAACAGCGAGGACACAGCGUCGACUUCUUAUCAUCUCGGUGACAAAGUAUGAAAGAAGUCAGCCAGGAGGGCUAAAAGAUUUUAGAUGACGUUUUUUUCUACUAUAUAUGUAAAAACUGCUUAACUCAACUUAAACGAGGCCUGUAGCUCAUGAAAGGAAUUCUCGUGUAAUCCUUGUAAUCCCGACUAGUGCAAUCGAUAGAGUCGAUAAUCGAUAAUGAUGGAUAAGUCUCGGUAAAGAGCGAUUGAUUAAAUUGAAAAUCGAUAAAAAUCUAUCGAGGAAAAACUUGUUGCUAAUCGAUAAUUAUCGACUUUAAUCGAUUUUUAUCGAAGUUGUCGAUUUUAAUCGGCCGCUUACUUAAUUAGGUUAACACCGGCAAAGAAUGUUGUUUCCGAACAUACGUACAUUAUUUAUGUAGCUUUGGACGGUUAAAUUUGUAGCGAAAUUUAUUUCACAAAUUACACUCAAUAUUCUAACGAAACAUUUUCGGCCAGUCGACAGGAUAAAAAAGAGUUAUAAGCAACUGAUUCAGCUUGCUUGCACUGGAAACUGUUCAAGUUGAACCCUACAAUGUAUAGUUCAAGUGGUGAGGAUACUGUUCAGUGUACAGUUUUUCAGUAAGACCCUUAAAUUGCUUCUUCAAAAAGCAUAUUGGAAAGGAUCAUUUAAAUCGUUCUGUAAAUAUGCAAAACAAAGUAGAUAAUGAACUCCGCAACUAAAUGGAAAGAGAAGUAGCAUGACCAUAAAACAAAAAUGUGAGAGAAAAUCAUCAUUUAAAACAGAAAACAUCUGCAUAUUGCUAAUAUAAUUUGCUGUAAAAUAAUGCAUUAUUGGAUUUUGAACCUGGGAGGCAAUCGAUAAUAUCGUUAAAAUAGUUAAAAACGAUAGCGCUGACAAUUGAUUUUCUGAUAUCGGUUUUUAUCGAUUGCGCUAGUCAGGUGUAAUAUGCAAAAGUUGUCUCUUUAUUUAAUGAUCCGGGAACCGAGAAGCGCCUCUUCAUGAAAGAAUUAGUUAACUAUAAAGACAUUUAAGAAAAUCAGAGAGAGGGUUGUUAAUCAAGAAGGCCUACCACAAAGCUAGAUUUGGUAUUGAAGAUUUUACUGAUCCAAGUCUACUAAAGAUCCGGCUGCCUCACUGGUUUGUCGUUGUGGUUGUGCCUUCACAAGUGUUUCUUAUACCACAAAACGUAAUCAUGAGUUAAUCGUCAAAUUUAUUUAUUUAGACUAAGGACGUUUUACCUAGAUUUUAAAAUUCUCCCCUAUCUUCUUGUCCUGGCAGCAGUAGGUCAUCUGGUUGUUGUUGAACUUUAGUCUUUAAUUCACCGAAAUUCUAAAUGACCAUUGCAUAGAGUAACAACAGAGUGGAAAUUUGCGGUAUACUUGAACGGACAGAAUACAAGAUUCCACGACUGAUAUUACAUUAAAGAAUGAUAAUGGUUAAACGGAGAAAAUGGCCAGUACUGGACCAAUAAAUUACGGUUUUUGUUUUGGUUUGUUUUUUACAAAGGAAAGUAAACCCGCUAAAGAUCGGACAAAGCAGGAGCAGCAGACGAACGAGAACAUGGAAUUGACUUUGUUAUCAGAAGAAAUCAUUAAUGAUGAGGUCCGACAGGAACUGGCGUCGACUCUUCAAGGCCAUCUUGUAUGAAGGAAAUACUCAAAUAUUUCAUUUUAUUUUUCUUAAAUUCAUUUAUCGUUAUCAAAAGAAAGCAAUGAUGAUGUCAGACAGGAUCUGGUGUCGACUUCUCAAGGCCAUCUUGUAGAAAAGAGAUACUUAACAACGUCUUUUUUUUUUCUUAAAUUUAAUUAUAUUGAACGUGGAUAACGCAUGCAGACAAUGUGGAAACUUGCUGAAAAAUAAGCAACAAUUUUCCGCGAAAGAAAAAUUCGACAUCUCUUUCUUUAAAUUAUUCUAUUGACCGUGCUCCAGAAUAAGCUAACGAAAAAAACUCUAGGAAUCACUUGCUGAGCCAUUGACUCCAUCCACAAUACCACUCACGAUCUGUCUGAUGCCGAAGAAUUUUCAGUUGUAUGUUAAUGUAGCUUUAUUACUGGUUACGAUGAAAGCUUCUUAGAGCAAUCUUUCUGGGUCACGCCUAUACCAGAAUACGAUCAAUCGAAGCACCAACGCAUGCAUUCGAUAAAUCUUUUUUGCAGGUAUGGCAAAUAAAUCUACAUGUAUAUUUUGUGAUCUAAGGGACCGCCGGUCAUCAUUAUUUACCGCCGGGGGGGGGGGGAAGGAUUUUAGGAAGGAGCAGUUGUAACUGAGAACCCAAAAGGGGGGAUCGCUGAAAACUUUGGAAGGAUUCAGAGAAAGCACCAAUCAAAUUUGCUUGGAAAAUGAAGACAUGGCGAGACGGGGGGAAUCGCGAAAGUCAUCAAAAGUUAUUUGGGGGGAUCACUUCAGUGAAGUAACAUUCAAAGGGGGGAUCGGCUAAAUUUCACCUUGUCUAGCCCCAAAUCCUUCCCCCCCUUCCCCCCAGGCGAUAAAUAAGGACCAGUCCCUAAUUUAAAUAUUACUUUCGCGCACUUUUCAAAAACCCGGGAGAAUUUUCCUCCCAGUGGCACAGUCCCGUUUUUGCUGAGAUUCUGGGUACUUAACUUGAGGCUCAACAAGCAUGACUGCUUUAAGAUGUUUUAUGGUGUUGCUGUCAAUCUUUGUAUUACGUCAUUUGAUGAAUGCACCCAUCCGAAACACCAAGAAACAACCGCUUUUAGUCAUGUUCUUCCUGACAAACCCUUUCAUCGAAAGGACGGGAGGAUUAAUCUGUCUUCCCUUCACGCACAGAAAGGACAGGAAAGCAAAAUUUCGACUAAGGCAAAGGAAAAGAAGACACGAGUAACCAUGGAAAUGGCCUCAUUGCUCCAGGAUGACGUUGAACAGGACAUGGCUUCGGCCACUCACGAUCUGUCUGAUGUAAGAAGGAAGUGUCUAGGGCCACAACAACACGAAUCCGGAUACGGUGAAACCGAAUACUUCAUUUUUGCGUCAACAUAAAUUCGGAGUGGUGUAUCCGGUUUCACGCAUUCACACGAAUACGCGCUACUGCGGUUUGCAAUUGCAACUGCACUCGGGCCAGCGGUGUGAUUUCACUGGCCGUAUAUGCUUCCUUGUUCAAGUGCUUUAGGGUAACAUUUCAUACACUUCUCAAGUGGGAGUGUUAGAGCGAAAUAACUAGGUAAAGGCCGAUUCAUUCGUCCGGAGCGAAAGUAGACAGAGGGUUUUGGCCUCCCCUUUAAAUUUUUCAAGUUCCCAUUUAAGCCUGGACCCGAGUUUAUGACAUAGCUGAUUAAAAAAUAUCCGGUUUCAGUCGUCUUUACGAACUCGCCAAACCCGACGAAUUAGCAAAAAAUUCCACUCUGUAAAGGGGUUUCAAUGCGGUCUCGGUGAGCGGAUUUACCGUUUUCGUGUAGAUGCAAGGCCGAUUCGUAUUAUAAAGCGUGCGGUUUCAAAAAUAUCCGGAUUCGUGUGGAGGGGGCCUAAGCCUUACACGUUUCCUUUUCUCACGUAACGAAGGGUGUAAUGUAACGCGCGAUUGUAAACAAACAUUGAAAAACAAGUGCCAAGGGUAAUGGCCUCAUUACUAAUGUUAUCUCCGCCAAUCAGCAUUUCGCAUCGACUUAUUUAUUUUCUAGAGACGUAGCUCCAAGCUCUCCUUCCUUUUCCCGCUUAGCCGCCAGAGCGCCCCGGAGAGCUUGCUCGCAGACUAUUUACAUGGCGGACGAGAGAGCUGCCAUGGGGGCUGAAAAAAUGACUCUGUUGGGGGGAUUUUGCUAUCUGAAUGGUCAUCGUAUUAAUGUCAAUGUUAAUGAGUUCCUCAAGAGAUGAAUUGACCCUUAAGUAGCACAACUCCGUGACACAUGUUUUUGUUGGUUUCCGGCCGCCAUGUUAGUGACCAUCCGGAUGGGCACCAACAUUGCGUCUCCACAUAAAGCUCUAUAAAUGUAGGUAAAAAAAUUCUCCGAAUUUCUCGCGCUUGAAAAAUUGCACCGACUGAAUCUUGCCGAGGGCCUUUGUAUAUUUACCUUCUUUCAUUUCCCAGAUUCUAGACUUUACCUAUUAAACGGUUUUGAUUUUAAUUUUUAAUAGCAUGACAGUGAAAACCAGCAAUAGCGUUACAUUUUUUCUACAUGUAAAUGUGAACUCCAUUUUCUUUAAUCAUUUAGCAAAGUUUGGCUGAUGAGUAUGAAGUUAAGGAGGAUCAACAUUCUAUACACCAAGACCAAGAAGACAUUGCAGUGUGUCCGCAACAAAGCAACAAAGAUGCCGUUCUUGAAGUGAUUCCAUCGACUUCCACCGAAGUAGAUGUAAGACGAAAACAAAAACACCAUAAUUAAUUAUUCACUAAUAAAGAAGAAUUUGCCGCUAGGGCGCCUUAUUUUGCUUAUGUUUCACGUUAGAAGGACGCAACGUGAUCUUGGUGUUCCUGUGCCACUAAUGUGUUUCGUCGAUGGUGUACCUUUUCUGCGCUGUCUUGGAUUUACGUUUCAGCGUCUUGUUUUCAUUCUCUUGAGUUAUUUUCAGUUGCGGGCUUGUGACUUCCAGAACGAUGGCUGAUAUAAGGAAUCGUCUAGUAAAAUGGUGUGUUUGUUGUUUUUAGUCAGUAGGGCGUGUAUCAGCAGGUGACUGAGGCUUUCUGGGUAAACAUCAAACUGUGGGCGUGGAUUUUCAUGGUAGACUUGAAAACAGUACCGUGGACCCAAAGUAAAUUUUAUCUAGCUCUAAACUGGUCACUUUGAAGUUACUUUCAAUAGAUAAUACUUGUAUAUUCCGUGGCUCUUGUCUGGCUCAAGCAAAUUAUGUUAUUUUUAUCUUUUAAUCCGUUAGUUACUUAUUUACUAACAAGGAAAGUAAUUACUUGAGAGCUGUCCUGUUUCAAGCUAAACCAAAAAUUUGAUAGUUUCUUUUUAUCAAUUUAAUUAGGAUGAGGAAUUCAAAGUAACUGACAAAGAACUUCUAACCAGGCCAUCGGCAUCGUUAGGAAAAAAUCAAGCUUCUGCAAUGCCACUUUCAAUUGAAAACGUAGAGGAGUCAGACGAGGAUCCUUGUGACGUAGAGGAGAACUUUUCUACCAAACAACUGUUUUCACUUGCCUGGCAAAUCGCUAAGGGAAUGGUAAUUAUCUUUGUUUUCUGGAUAAUGUUGCUGGGAUUCUGGUUCUGAGUAAAACUUGGAAAGAGGAAUUCAAAAGUCAAUAUUUUAUAAACAUGAAAUAGAUGGGAUAGAUAUAUUGGCUAUUUUUCUAGAUAUGAGUACAUUAAAAUGGCUUAUAUGGAAAAAAAAUUUUCUUUUCAGUCGACCCAGUUUUGGCUGGAUCAGAUCAGUGCCGAUAUUUACUUUUCAUUUGUAUUUUUUCAUCUAUACUUAACUACUUAGUUUGUUCGGCGUACCCCCGUUAUUAUGUUUUGAGAUCAUUUUAAUCGUUUUUUCGUUGCUUAUUUGUUAUUAGAAUUAUCUCGCCGAAAACAAUCUUGUUCACAGAGACCUUGCUGCCCGUAAUAUUCUUGUUGGCCAUGACAACCAGAUUAAAGUGUCAGACUUUGGGUUGAUGAGACAAAUCUAUGAAGAUGUGAACAGCUCAACGAAGUCCAAAAAACUUCCUGUAAAGUGGAUGGCCCCAGAAUCACUUUAUCAAGGCGUUUACACGACCAAAAGUGAUGUGUGAGUGAUACGUUUUUCCGCUCCGUUGACAAGGGAACUAUUGAAACGCUUCUACUGAAUCACUUCUCAAAAUCGUAGUUGCUGUAAAAAUUACAGAAGUAUAUAACUCUGAAGCGCCUAAAUUCUCCUUAUUUGUUUGUAACCUCGCUAGGGCCUUGUUUUUAGCCGUCCAGUUAGAAGCACGGAAAAUUGUUUGCCAAAAUAUGGAAUCAUAGAAUUGAAGGCAUCUCUGUCUAAAUAUAGCUAAACACGGAUUCUUGCAAUCCUUAACAAUUCUCAAUUAUUCAUAAUAAUAAUAAUCAUGAUAAUGAAUUUAUAUAGCGCAAAUUCCAUUCAAUGUUUAAAUGCCCUUCGCAAUAACUAAUACUAAUAUAAACAAAGUAAUAAUAAAAAAAACCCGAAUGCUUCUAGUAAUACUAAUACUAAUACUGCCUAAUAAUACUACUGUGCUAAAUAAAUGCUACUAUGAUAUUGCGCUGCAGGUUAUGACAAAACUGCUAAACGAAAAAGGUGGGUUUUACCUUUGAUUUAAAAAUGUCCAGCGACUUGCAGUCUCUGACUUCAAAUGGCAAUGUAUUCCAGAGUUCUGGUGCUGCUCAAGUAAGCGACCUGUCACCAAGGGUCGCUUUACAUAUAAAUGCGGAUUGCUUAAGCAAGGGAUUGUCACUAGAACGUCUCAGGUUAUAGCAUGACUGAGGCUUCAGAGAUGUUAGUGACUCCAAGUAAGUGGGAGCUGUGCCAUGCAAGAUCUUAAAAGUUAACAGAAGAAUCUUGAAUACAAUUCUAGAGUGAAUCGGUAACCAAUGCAACUUAAUGAGGAACGGUGUUAUGCGACAAUCUACCCUCAGCAAAUAUCAGUCUAGCACAUGCAGGCAUCCUGCACACGUUGUAAUUUGAUCAAUGAGCAGGUUGGCAGAACAUAUAAAAAAAACUGUUACAUUAGUCACGGCGAAUUGUUAUGAAAGCAUGAAUAAGUGACUUUGCUGACUUCUUUGAGAGAUACUUCCGAAUCCGACUUAAGUUAUUCAAAUAGUGGAAUGAUGAACUGCAACUUUUCGAAAUAUGUUCCGUCAUAGAGACAUUGGCAUCUAACCACGAGCGAAGGUUCCUAGCGACAGCCACAGGGUGAAUGUUGGUGUUACCUACGCGAAUAUGAGUGAUAACUACCUUCUCAAGUUUUUGCGGUGUACCUAUUAUAAGAAGUUCAGUUUUUUCGUCAUUUAAUUUAAGAUUGUCACGCAACAUCCAAGAACAAAUAUCAGUAAUACAACUUUCCAGUAACUCUCCAACAUUAAGUUGAUCGAGCCUGUCGUUUGGGCAGAAUGAGAUGUAUACCUGCGUGUCGUCAGCGUAACAAUGAACCGUAGGAAAAUGAUGUUUGAUGAUCUCGAAGAGUUUGCUCGAAUACAGAGUAAAUAAUAAGGGGCCCAAACACGAGGGACACCACGUUGCAACUCGAAUUCCGCGGAGAGUGUCUCAUUGACGGCUAUUUGCUGAGACCUUCCGGACAAAUAAGACGAAAACCAGGAGAGGCCUUUUCCAUUUAUACCAAAUGUGAACUGAAGUCGGUGCAGUAAAGUGUCGUGAUCGACAGUGUCAAAAGCCACACUUAAAUCGAAGAGAAGAAGCAGAGUGACACGUUGAUCGUUCAUUUUAAGGAGGAUGUCGCUAUUGACUUUGAGAAGUGCUGUUUCUAUGCUGUGUUUGGGACGAUAAGCUGAUUGCAGAACAGGGAAGAGAUCAUUGCUGAAAAAAUAAUGUUGAAGUUGUUUUUGGCGACCGCUGUCUCCACAAGUUUUGAGGCAUAUGCGAGGUUACUCCCAGGUCUAUAGUUCUUAAAGAUGGGAUCGAGACCCUCCAUCUUUAGCAGUGGUUUAACAAAGGGCGCUUUCAGAUAAGAGGAAAAUAGCCUGAUUCCAGCGAAAGGUUAAUUAAUUUCGUAAUUGGAGGAGGUAAUACAUCAAGACACUCAGUAAAAAGCUUAGUAGGAAUGGGGUCAAGAGAACAAGUCGUCUUUGUAGAUGAUUUGAUUAGUUCAUGAACUUCGGUUUCAGAAAGAAGACGAAAUGCAGAAAAAGAGGGGCCUUCAUGUGCAAAGUGGGACUCGCUAACAUCGGAAGUGCUACCUUGGCGAGCAAUCUCAAGCCAAAUGGAGUUAAUUUUGUCACGGAAGAACUUGCCAAAAUCUUUAGCCAUUAAUUUAUUAAGAUCAGAAUGUAGAGGGAGACUGGCACACUUCGAUAGGUUAAGCAGUGAUUUACAUGCAGUGAACAGUUUCCUCUGGUUGAGACAGUUUUCAACUACAUUUUUCAAUUACAUCCAAAACUCAAAAGUACACGCAUUUUUGGGCUCGUCCACGACAAAUAAAAGGAAUUAAGAGAUAAACAGGGGAAUAAACAAUCUAAAUAUCGUGAAUCUGUACAUAUUUAUAACAUCUUUGGUUUUUUUUCAUAGUUGGUCUUUUGGUGUUGUUCUUUGGGAAAUGGCUACCUUGGGUGAGUGGACGGUAAUUUUGCAGUUUAUUGUUGUCAUGUUAAAUUUGAGGUGACUGACAAAUCAAAAAAACAUUUUUCAUGGUCUAUGACUCUUAUCGACCUAGAAAUGAUGUCAAAAUGUUGAAAACUCAUGUACGACCCGCAGGAUAAUGGUUUCACACUGCAAACUUUAGAGCUUCCAGGAGAAUUAAGCUAGGGACCGUGCAUGAACCCACCUUGCCCCUUUUGCCAUGGUGGGAUGUAACUUAACUGUUACGAUUGUUAUCAAGGUUACUGCUACCAGGAAGGGCGAAAGCAAUGUUUCAUAAUGUUUCAUUUGCGGCAAGUUUGAAUUUUCUUGUUUGAUCUGGGCUAUGUUUUAAUUGAUUAAGUGCUGUGAGACGUCUCCUAGUUGAUAAGCGUAUGUGACAACAUAUAUUAAAUUUGCGAGCAUUUCAGUGAUGACUGGAAACGAGAACCUUAUGCCCUCUAUUAUUACACAUUUAACUGCAUUGGCCAUAUAUCAGACCUCUAUUCAAUCAACCAUUUUUGCAAAAUGGCCUUAUUGAGUUUAUAUGAGGAGAAGUGACAAUCGACUAAGGCAUCUUCAAUAGAAAUCUAACUAAUGGAGAAUUACAUGUAUUCAGUUGCCGAUAUGUAAUCAUUUGUUUUCUUUCUCGCAAUCGUCAGGAGGCGUACCAUACCCCACGCUGACCAACUCAGAGUUGUAUCGACUGCUCGGUACUGGUUAUCGCAUGGAAAGGCCUGACAUGUGCUCCGAUGACGUGUACGUUUCCUGAUUAGAGUGGUCUUAGAUUUAACAGAUUCGAUUUUUCUGUGCCUCUGCUCAGUUACAUUUCACACCGAACGGUGCAGCAUACGAAUUCGUCAAAUAUUUUAACGCCUUCUCUGAUCAUAUUAAAUACUGACCAGACGGACGGCAAGGGAAAACUUUUGUUAAGAUCUUCACUCGUUGAACAAGGAAACCCUCCAAGCUUUAUGGUCAAUAAAGGCAUCAUUAGCAGUGAUCAGGUUAACCUCUUUCUUGGGGCCGGGGGAGUACUCCCUGUACUGGGGAGGCACCCCCCCAGAAGGGGUCCUUCUUUCAGUCUUUUGGUGUAGGAAUUUUGCUAGUGGAAGUAUAUGAAAGGGUAGGGAAUUCUGUCAUUUCGGUCUGUAAAAUGACUUAAGAGGACCAGAUAAGAUUUUUUGGCUGUGAAAAUGUCGAGAAAAAUGAAACUCAUGAAGCUAAGAAGCCUAUAUAUUCUACUAAAUUUUUUUUUUUUAUUCCAAUAGACCUCUUUCGCUUAAAUGUUUUGUUUUCCCAAUAGGGGUCAUUUCUAACGGUCAAACUCCCCCGGGACCUCUUUUGGGAAACCAAAACAUACAAGGGUCUACAAGCUAUAAAGAGGUCUUCCCUAUUGACACUGUCUAAUAAUUGACUGGAGCUCUUCUAAGCAUUGAAUUGUUCUUUUUUUUUUUUUUCAAUUCAUAACAGAUAUGAGCUGAUUACUGAAUGUUGGAACGAAGACCCUUACAUUCGUCCCAGUUUCUACCGUUUGAUCGAAAAAAUGGAGGCGAUAAUGGAAAGAGAUGCACCAUAUUUGCAUGUAAACAAGCACGAUGAAGAUCGUCCGUAUUACAACGUGCCACCUGAAGCUAGUGAUGAUUAA